CCGAGGACGCCCACUUCUUUGCGACCCAGCGCUGUGCGUAAACGGCUGUGCGUAAAGACGCGGCGGACACGAGAGAGAAAUCCCAACGUCCUUCGAGCAAGAGACGAUUAACACGUUUUUUUUCAAAACCUCAUCUUGUUUUGUGUCCCGACUUCAGGUCGCGAAACAUCACAACCGGAGACUCGCGAGGAUUAAAACACGUUUUUCCUUAAUUUCUUCUCACCGGAGCCUCCUCAUACAACGGCCGCCAGCAUGAUGUCCUAUCUGAAGCAGCCGCCGUACACGGUGAACGGACUGAGCUUAUCUGCCUCAGGAGUGGACCUGCUGCACCCAUCUGUGGGAUACCACGGCGCCCCUCGCAAACAGAGGCGGGAAAGGACGACAUUCACCCGGGCCCAGCUCGACGUGCUGGAGAACCUGUUCGGCAAGACCCGGUACCCUGACAUCUUCAUGAGGGAGGAGGUGGCCUUAAAGAUCAACCUGCCCGAGUCCAGAGUGCAGGUGUGGUUCAAGAACCGACGGGCCAAGCAUCGCCAGCAGGCCCAGCAGACCCAGAGUGGAGUGCAGAAUAAAGCAGUGACCAGGCCGGUGAAGAAGAAGUGCUCCCCGCUCCGAGAGCCAAGCUCCGAGAGCGGAGCCAGCGGCCAAUUUACGCCGCCCUCCAGCACCUCGCUCCCGGCUGUGAGCGGCAGCGCGGCGCCGGUGUCUAUCUGGAGCCCUGCCUCCAUCUCCCCGCUCUCCGACCCGCUCUCCACCUCCUCCUCCUCCUGCAUGCAACGCUCCUACCCCAUGGCCUACACGCAGGCGUCGGGCUACAACCAGGGCUACACGGGCUCAUCGUCCUACUUCACCGGCAUGGAGUGCGGCUCCUACCUGUCGCCUAUGCACCACCAGCUCUCGGGCGCCGCUAUGAGCCCCAUGGGCAGCAACGGCGCGUCCAGCCACCUGAGCACGGCCUCCUCCCUCUCCUCGUCGGCGUACGGAGCGGCGGGCCUCGGCUUCAGCGGCCCCGCCGACUGCCUGGACUAUAAGGACCAGACAGCUUCAUCGUGGAAGCUCAAUUUCAACACGGACUGUUUGGAUUACAAGGACCAAGCAGCGUGGAAGUUUCAAGUGUUGUGAGAGGAAGAAAGUAAAGGGACAUUUUUCCAUAAACUGCAGACUUCUUUAUGUAACAAAGCCCCAAGUUUGGGAAGCAGCAAAGGCCCCAACUUCUACCUCGAGCAGGGUCUCACUUGUUGGGUUUAACUUAUUGAACAUUCAGACUGACUUCUCCCAACUUUGAUCAAGGACACGGAACAAAUGUGUUGACCAAAAGGGGAAAAAAAGAUCAAGAGAGCUAAAAAAAAAAAGAUCCAAGCCUAAGUUGGCUGAGUUUGAGGAAUAGGUCAGGUUUUCUUCUAAGCUCCUUAAAGACUCCCCUCUCUUGUCUUUUUAUUUCGUUGGCACGCUGAAGGGCCUCUUUGAUCAAAGCGAUGUGCAUGAGUGUGUGUGUUGUAGAGAGAAAGAGAGAGAGAGAGAGAGUGUGUGUGUGUGUGUACGUGUGUGUUGUAGAGAGAGUGUGAGGGCAGCUCUGACAUGAACCUGGAUGCACUAUUUAAUUUAUGAGAAAUAUGUUUAAGACUAGUUAUAAGAGACAAUCAGUGCGUGUGCUCAUACAUGUCCCUAAUGUGUUUAUGAAUUAUUAACUUCCCCCUUGUGUUUUGAGUUUUGUUUAUUAAAUAAAUUGUGAUUCCUUGUAACUGUAUGCAAUUUUGCUUUGUGCGUAUACAAACACGCGCCACGAAUCCAGCUGUGAAUUAGAUAAUUUUAUUCCCAUGUCUCCUGCCGUGUUCGCCCUUUCAAAGAUGAUACAUUUGGACGAGGACACAUUUUGUCAAUAAGGUCGCAGCGGUGAGGAUGCCAUAAACACACUAAACAACAAUAAAGACCACUUGAACCUGA